GCAUUAGAACAGGAUGGAUUCGGUUUUGUUUGUUGUUGUAAAACAUAGAUAUUAAUGGUUUUAAAAAUAGAAGAGUGGAGUGUUAACGAUGUGGUCAAGAUACUACAAUGUUGUGAUAAAAAUGAAUUCAUUGCUGUUGUUAAGGAGAAGGAAAUGGAUGGACGAAAAUUAUUGGAAAUUACAGAGGGAAUGAUAAAGUUAUGGCGUCCGAAUUCCAACGCUAAAGAUUUCAUAUUAUUCAUUGAAAACAUGAGGAAUGAUCCUAGUAAAUAUUUUAAAUACUUAAGCGACGAUAUAGUCAUUAAAGAGACGAAUCUAACCGACAGUCAAUAUCAAACAGUGAGUGUGAGGAAAAUCAGUCAACAAGAUGGGAAUUUCAGCAGCGUUGAAGAUAUAUUAAAAAAAAUAGUCGCACCAAAGAGCUUUCUGUACAGGAACAAAAACAAAACGUCGUCCUACGUACCAAUGGACGGCGCGAAAAAACAAAAGAAGUUCUUUCGAUUAAGUUCGUACGAUUAUCCGAUAUUCGAUCUUAAGUCAAGGUUCUCGAAAGUUGACAACAGCGACAGAGGAUAUUACUCGAUUAAAACGAAAGGCUUACAAAGAUCUAAAAAAUCGGAUACACGGACCAAGUAUAAGUCUUUACCGUCGCCAGAAAUAAACGAGAAUUAUACAGAGGAUCAUUUAUAUGAAGAUUUAUGCUAUCCUGAUAUUGAAACUAAGAAAGAGGCUACGCAAAGCAAACCUAUGAGUAAAAUUCAAGAAUUAUUCCAGUCCUUUAGGUUUCCUUUCUUUAAAAAAAUAGAUGAAUCAGAAAGCAACAGAGAAGCAAAGGAGGACGUUGGUCACAUUUAUGAGAAUAACGAUAGCGUUGGGGAAAUGUAUGAUUCAGUACAUGUACAAAAAGAAGAAACAGGUGAUGAACAGAGGACCUUGGCAGUCGAGGACUACUUGGUACCGGUAAAUAUAGAAAAAGACUAUUGCGAUGUAUGUCUGAAACAGAAGGAGGAAUCUCUUCUUAGUUAUAUCAUGAAUUACUUCGAAACGCGAUUUGGUAGACGAGAAACGAACGAAGCGCAGUCUGACAUUUCGGAAGUGGAGCCAUCUUGUGACGAUUUGAAAUGGGAACGCAAGCCCAACAUGGCGGCGCGGCCACUUCCGGUUCCAGUUGAAAAUGAGCCGUUUUACAUGAAUAUUGAUAGACAGGAGGCGGAGAAUUUGCUGUUGGGACAGCCUGAUGGGACCUUUAUUUUAAGACCUUCCAGUCAGCCAAACCACGCAUAUACACUGAGCGUAUCCUGCGCAAACGCAGUUCAUAACGUUGGUGUACGUAGACGAUCGGAUGGUCGACUUGCUCUCGGCUUCGCAAGACGCGGCGAAAGGAGCUUUGCUACGGUGACAUCACUGUUGCAGCAUCACAAGAAACGCCGUUUGUUACUUGUUGCUGGUGGCGACAUGAUAGGUGCAACUACCCUAACAGACACACCACAGUACUACCAGACACCAAAAAAUAUACCUAUAAGUUGUAAAGAGAUAUUAUAAAUAGGAAACUUGAUAUUAUUUUAAAGAUCACAAUUAAUUUUACUUUAUUAUAUAAACAGCGCAAAAUAGUGUAGACUGAAAUUUAGCUUGAAGAAUACGAAUAUCUUAUCGUUCGGUGAAAUAAGCUUAAAGGGCAUAGGAAGAAACAUACAUAUAUCUAUAAAUGUGAUUAACAAAUAUCCGACAAGUGUUAUUGUUUUAAAAUCACUUACAUUAGGAUCAGACAAAUUACACUUACUGUUUAAUUAUUAUAUCUGUUUUGAUCAAUAAAUUCAACCUACAAUAGCUAUUUAUAUUUAUCGUAAUAAAUGCCGAUAUCUAGCAUACAAUUUCUCAUUGUAAAAUAUAUUUGGUAUGGAUAUAAUACAAUGAGAUAUAAUUGCAUGCAAAAUAUGAAAAUACAACUCAUUAAGCACAUACCUUAAUCAUUUAAAUGAACCAUCUCGUUACGAAAGUGUGUAGAAAAUUGAAAUUAGGCUUGCCGCGUAUGAAAAUUACCCAGAUCGCUAAUGUGACCUAGAAGCUUUGUAAGCAGAUAAAGGCUAAAUUGUGGCAUUCAUAAGCACCAUUAAGUUCAGAAAUUAAACAAUUAAAGUUAGGUCUCAGUUAAGAGAGGAACUGGGCUAAUUACUUGAGACGGUAUGUUUUUAAUUGGUCUGUUAUAUAAACGUUAACCAAAGAUUGUUAUGAUAAAAUAAUGGCCAUGAAUAGCUAAUUAAAAUUAAAAUUAAUACGUGAUAAAACUUCGUUUAAAUAAACUAUACAAACAGUAAACUAUUUAAUAAGCCCCUUCUAGGUUUGAAAAGCUUCUUUGCCCCAAUUUAAAGUUGUGGGAGACGUAGCCAUUUAUUUCCAUUUUUAAAACGCCUGUUCAUGUUCAUCCAUCAAGUGGGAUGUCAGAAAAAGGCUUCGAUGGAUUUUAAUGUUAGAUAAUAGCAUGAUGGAUGCAUUUCCGUUAUGCGAGCUGUCUUCAUUGAUUGGCUGAUGUUGCAAUAUGAAUAUUUUUUAAAGAAUGUUGUGUAUUUUCAGGCUGAUUUUGAACUAUUAUAGUGUUGUGGUAUUACAUUGAAACAUAACAAUAUUUCUCAAAGAACUACGUAAAACGUAGCCAAGGGAAUUGAAAUUCUUCUUAAAAAUCCCAAGAUAUGCAAUCCAAUCCCUCAUAACUCGUUUUUACCAAAUACUUACAGUACCGAUUAAUGGGAAAUCUGUCCUAAAACCCAGCUACCUGAUGAUUUAUUAUCAAACUUACCUAUGUUGUAUGUAUGUUGCAAAAACAAAAACAUAGAAUAUGUUUUGGAUUUCUCUCAAAUUUUUUUUAAUGAUAAUUGAGAGAAAUUUGAAUGUGUUGCCCUAUAUUAGGGGUUAGCAAACUCCACUGUUAGUACUACUGAUAGUUAUUUGUUAAAAAAUGCAAGCCAAUUUUAACUCUUUUCUUGCAAUAUAGAGACUUAAAUAUUCAGAAAUUGUAAUGAAGUAUAAAAAUACUAAGUUCAAUAGAAUCGGCGACAAAUUUAAAUUGGUUUUAGUUCUGAGACACUGUAACUUUACACUCUAAUAUCUACGAGGAAUAUCUACCAUUAUGUUAUCGUCGGGCAAUAAAAGCUUGUAAUGGCAGUGGUGGAAGGUACAGGCCAAGUUGGUAAUCAACGCCUGCCUAAGAUAUGCUUACUGCAGUAAAGUACUACAACUAUAUUUUCGUAUUUUUAUAAUUAAUUGGCUGUUCCGUAUGUUUGUAUGUUACUGCAUAUGCUGUAUAAUAAGAAGAAGAAGGAAUGACGAAACAGAUAGAUAAGUUUAAGCCUUUAUCUCUUAAGCUAUGCUUAUCGAAAAACAAAGAUUUGAACAUUCAUUUAGGCAAUGUGUGAAUUUAUUAUUUAAACAUUAUUCUAAUUGGAAUAAACCAGCGAAUUAAAAUCAGGUUUCCAUAUUCCAUUACCAUCUUAUAUUAAAUGGCCAAGGACAGGGAGUGGUAGAAGUUUCUCAUUUCGGAAGCCAAGACAAGGUUUGCAGUACGGAGUGUGUAAACUAAGUAUUUUAAUUUCAUACUUCUAUAUCAGACACAAAUAUAAAUUAAGCCCAAAGAAAAACAAAAUCAAACCUUUUAUGAUGUCGUUGUGCCUUUUGCUUUUAUUUAUAUUCUUUAUUUGAAUGUCCAUAUCCAAAACUUUUGUUUUGUGCUUUUAAAAGAUUGGAGUCACCAAUAUUUAUAUUUGGUUUUUCUAAAAAGGUUUGUUUUGUAUAGUUUGUUGCCGCGGUAAGUGAAGAAUAACAUACGAUAAAAGGUAUAAGUGUUUCAUGUUCAAUAAAAACAUUCAUACGAAUAUUUGCGUCUGAGGCCAUGAAAACAUUUGGAUGUUAAGUGAACUAUAUUACUUGUAUACAGAAACGUCGAGUUCGCAAUCGCUGUCGCUAUUGGACGUCAGAGUACGAACGCUAUUCUUGCUCGGAGGUUCGUCACGUGUAAUGCGUACAUUUAAAAAUGUUACAGUUAAGACCACUUUUCAGCUUAAAACAAAGAAUUCACAAGAGAUGCAAUGUCCAUCCUUUACUAUGAGAAGUCAUUGUGUAAUGUUAGUUUCUAUCUUAUUUGAAUUAAGAAUAUAAAUUUUUGUAACUUUUGUUUUUUUUGCGGAACGUAUGGAAUACAUGAUUUAAGUAAUUGUAAGUUUGCAUUUUUUAAUCAUAACAAUAUUAAAAAUUACAAUACCGUACCGCACCCCCAAAUGGACAAAAAAGUCUAUAAUUUAUAAAGACUUAUACAUACUUUAUAAUUUAUUUCCUUACCACACUUAAUAAUAAUUCUUUUAAUUAACCCUAGGACCGCCAAGCAACGUGUUUAGUAAACUGCUUGAUCAUUAAGCUAUAGCUAGUAUAUUUGGUAAUAUCCCAAAUUUAUCUUUAUAACGGUCAACAUCCCGUUAUCUCUCAUUUUUACGU